UGGUUCCGCGAUAUCAAUAGGGGAGGCGUGCGUGGAAUCGAUCACCUCCUCCGGCCAAUCCAUGCUCACAAUCCGAUCUGUACCAUAUCUCGGCCGUAUCUUAGCGCCGUCUCUUGCGGAGGCAGCUAGUAAAUAUUUAGCCGCAGCAUCCUGGGAUCGGCGCAGGAUGUUGCACACCAGGGUGAACGAGAAAACCCUGUUCGACUACAUGAGCCAAGGUAUUGACGUAAAUCUGAAGAUGGGAACUCCCCCGGAAACUCUUUUACGCAGGAGUAAUGAGUAUAUGAAGAAAGCAGCACUCCACAGGCUGGAAAAGCCGGAUGCUCCAUGCUUGUUCCAGUACGGACCCGAAGCAGGGGAUUUGAGAUUUCGUCAGGAAUUAUCUCACUUCUUGAGUCAAGAAUAUAUGGACCCUGUUCAAGUUGAUGAUAUAAUUGUCACUGCUGGAGCCACGCAAGGUCUCGCCAUGUUGGCUAAUCUGCUGUUUUCUCCUGGUGACUUGGUAUUUGUGGAGGACCCCACAUACUUUAUAGGCCUGCAGGCACUCCGCCAGGACUGUGGUCUGCAUUGUGUUCCAGUUCCUAUGGACGAGAAUGGAAUAAUACCGGAGGAGCUGGAGCAGUAUCUGAAGGAGAGGUCAUCAAUCAAACCGAGGGAGAUUGGAGGAAGAAAACCAUUCUGGUCGAUGCUCUAUCUCAUUCCCACCUUUCACAACCCCACCGGAGUGUGUCUCUCGGCAACCCGAUGCAGAAGGGUAGUGCAGAUUGCAAGAAAGUACAAUCUGCUUGUUGUGUGUGAUGAUGUCUACAACCUCCUGGCCUUCUCCCAAGACGAGGAGAGUGCUCUGCAAAGAAAGAGGCUGUUUGCCUACGAUGACCCGGGUGACCCAGACUACAGUGGCAAUGUUGUGUCCAAUGCAUCGUUCUCAAAACUCUUUGGUCCUGGCCUAAGACUUGGCUGGCUAGAAGCUCCUUUAUGUGUUAGAAAUGUCAUUUUGAGCAGUGGUCUUGCCUUCAGUGGGGGAGGGUUGAACCAUUUCACAUCAGGUUUGAUGACUAGUAUCAUUUCUGAGGGUCUGCUGCAGAAACAUUUGACAGAGGCGAGGGCAAUGUAUAAGGUAUGUUUAGUACGUGUGAAUGCUUAUCGUUGGGGACUGUGAGCGGUCAAAGCACCAUUGGCAUGGAGGCCCGGAGGAAAUGACCAUGACUAUGAGAGAUUGAGUCAAGCAGCAACUUUGAAAUUGCCAAACAUCUACGUAAGAAUCUCCUUGUUUAUAGGUGCAGUGUGAGGCUGUCUGCUCAGUCCUGCAAGAAAAGCUGCCAUCAGCCAUGUUCACUAUCCCAGAGGGUGGGUAUUUUCUAUGGCUAAAGCUACCAAAACCGCUGAAGGGUUCAGAUGUUGUGCAGCAGUGUGAGAAAAAUCUAAAAAUUACAUGCUUUGCUGGAGAUAUAGCAUCCCCAGAGGCCAAUUUUGAUGACUAUGUUAGGAUCAGCUUCUCUUACUAUGAAGCGGACGUGUUAAAAGCUGCAAUGGUUAAAUUUUCAGAUCUUAUCAAUUCAAUGUUGCAUGAAAGUUGAAACUUUUACCAACUAAGUGACAUUUACUUUUUUAUAUCAGAGCAGACAAGCGCCAGGCAACUAAUCCAGGAUCAAUUCUCGCUAUAAGUAUUAUAAGUACGUAACAAUAGUCAGUCUUUAGGAAACAUGGCUUCUGUUUUGGAGCGACAAUAGCUUAUAUACUCUUGGUCGCUUCAUGCAGUGAUGAAACUUCUGUUUUUCCAGAUGGCGCUCAGGCUAUUUUGCUUGCAUAGUAUAGCAAAAGGUGGUGUUGCUCCCCAGCAGUGCAGUGACUGGCUGCGGAGCAUUCACAACAGCGUGCUCUAGCAGGGCAGGGGAAAGAAUAAUAGUUAGCCAGCUGAUGCAUUAGAGAGCGCUACUGCAGCAGCACUUAACUGCAGAGGCAAAGUUUCACCACUCACCCUGACAGUUGCCGGUCGGCGGGGCUGAAAAGACCAGGACCAAGACUAAUGGAUUGCUGGAGUCGACAUCUACCACCCAAUGUAAAU